AACAGGUGCGUGGGCGGCUGCUUACAUUUGGAUUACACCUGGACCAACAAAUCAAAGGCCAAUAAGUUCAGAGCCGCGCACCAAAAACGUAAGAGAGCAGCAAGAACCUUUGAACAGCCCGCAGACCCUGUCUUUCCGCAGCAGUCCCAGCAGCAGGAGCCUUUGAACUGCCCGCAUACCCUGUCGUUCCGCAGAAGUCCCAGCACCAAGAGCCUUUGAACUGCCCGCAGACCCUGUCGAGUGUCGUCCAGUCCCUGAUCACAGCCCGCAAGAUGUCGCGAGGUCUCGUGCUUCUCAUCGUCGCCGCGACAACAGCGUCGGCGCAGGCCGCCAUUUCGGCUUGCUGGUCGGCGCUCCCGGAUUUCGAAACUACUGUGGUGAACGCGGCGUACCCUGUUUGCAAUUCACAGUACGCUGCGGAUAAUGCGAAAUAUAUGGCGAACCCAAAAUGCAAUACCGUUUAUUUGUACGACGCGGCCACAUGUGAUCCAAUUGCUGCCAACUACAUGAAGUGCGCACUGAAAGCAGCCAAACUUCUGAAGGCAGACAACACGUUCGACGACGCGGCCUUCAAAGCCAUGUUGAAGAACUGCAGCGCUGAUGCCACGUUCAUAGCCGCCUACCCGACAUGCAAGAACUCUACCAUGAAAUAUUUGAACUUCGACCAACUAUUCAGAUGUCUCAUCGAUGCUUUACGCACAGCGCAUGCGUGAUGUCACGGAAGAACAUUGAAAUGAGCCAGAAGAAGACGAACUGUCAACUGAGUAUCAGAAGACCUUUGUUCUUCCGUAACCCAUUAACCCAUUCAUUUCCGCUUAGAUGGAUUGCUGAGCACAAAAUUGUAAUUGUUGCAAUUUUGAAUUAGUAAUUUCUUUGAUUAUGUGUGUGGCGUGUUUUAAUCUUUGGUUUAUGGAUUUUUUACAAUCGAGUUUCACUCUCGUCUCUUCCCCAUAAAAUACAGAUUCAGGAAGAGGAUGGUAGGAUGCAUUUAAUAUUCACUUAUCCCUUUGCAUGCAUUAUUCACGAGUUAUACUACCCCUCGCAGUUUCUGGGAUGUAUAUUCUACACUCUAAAGCUAUUAUGUAAGAAUGCAACUUUACUAUAACACAAACAAACUUUACAAAUACAAUACAAACUUUAUACAAACUUUACUAUAAAAGCUCGAAUAUGAUUUUUUUUUAAUUGGAGUGCACACCAUGUGUGAUGGAAGCCCAUUAAGCGAUAAGUUAUUAUACGAAAAAUAAAAUUCAAAGUUCAUAACAUGGAAGAACAAAUACGGAAGCCACAGUGUAUUAGUUUGUGAAUCUCAUUUAAUUUAAAACGGAAUGAAUAUAAGCUGAAGAAGCUGGUAUUUCAAUCGUUAAACUUAAAAUUUCGGAAGUUAUAACCGUAACAAAAUUCGGGUACUACAUAGGUUUCUGCACAGUAGUCGCUACUGCUGUGGGCUCACUCUAAAUGCAAACUAGGCCCAAGCAUCAGCGUUAAAUACGGCUCAUGAUCGUAAUUCCAAUCCACCCUUUUGUUCGUGUUCCAAGGGAAUUCAAACUCCACUUGUAUUCCUUAUUUAAUGUUUCAAGUUCAAGCCCUAAACUUUCCUGAAAACAAACAAAAAACUAAUCAAUAAAAAUGCUAAAGAUAACAAGGUUCCUACGAAUGAUAAAUAUUUACAACAAAGAUCAUAUGAGCACAGUAUUCUAAUUAAA